ACAAAUGGAUUAUGUUGGACUGGCAGUGAUGGUCUGACCAAACUCGAGUCCUGAUUGCGGAUCAAUCAGUACCGGUGCGGCAUUGUCGCCAGGACAGUCUCGGAGGCGUCUCUCAAAGCGCUACCGACCGACGGGCGCUCACAGCCGCCACUCGCAGUACAAAGUCUUCAAGAGAGUGCGCUUGGCAUGCGAUGCUCUGGAGAAUGACCCCCAACUUUUCCUGUGUUGGAACUUUUCGGGUGGUCCUGUAUGGGCUCCUGGUGUCGUUUUUCCGCUGUGUGAUGCUCCAAGCCACCGACUGGAACCCGGGUAGUUUGCACCUGGGGACACGGAUGGAGAUUCAUGGGAGGUAUAAAAACUACACCUGGCCCCACAGGGACCUAGCGUCCGUCGUUGCUGGAGACGUGGUCUUAGGAGCGUUGCAUAUGAUCCAUGCACGGAGUGAAGACAAAGUGUGUGGCCGGAUCAUGGCCCAGGGUGGGAUACAGGCUCUCGAGACGAUGUUGUAUACCCUGGAUUACAUCAACAGCAACCAAAGCGACAUUUUGCCCGGAAUUCGCCUAGGAAUCCUCACUAAGGACGAUUGUGACCGUGAUAUAUACGGCCUGGAACAGGCUGUGGAUUUUAUCAGAGGAUCUAUAGCCAACAUUGGCGGGUCUUCAUACAAGUGUAAAGAUGGUUCCAACCCAGAAAACGACGUACGGAUUAUUUCCGGUGUGAUAGCAGCGCCAUCUAGUGUCACAUCUAUCCAAGUCGCCAACUUACUGAAGCUCUUCCGUAUACCACAAGUGAGCUUCUUCUCCACGAGUCCAGUGCUGAGCAACAGGGAGCGCUUCCCCUACUUCCUCCGGACAAUCCCCUCCGACGUCAACCAGGCCCAGGCUAUGGUCGAGCUGGUCAAGCUGUUGAAGUGGACAUACGUGUCCGUGGUGUACGAGGAGUCAAGCUACGGCAUGCAGGGUUUUAACGAGGUGGAGAAGCUGCUGAAAGAGAACGGGAUCUGUCUCGCCACCACAGAGAAACUGCUGAAGGACUCGGGCGUGGCCAGUGGCGAGGCUUACGACACCAUCGUGGACAGACUUCUGCAGAAGGUCAACGCUAGAGGGGUGAUCAUAUUCGGCUCGGACCAGGAAGUGGGGGAGCUGAUGAAGGCUGUCAACCGGAAGAAGGCAACAGGGACGUUUGCGUGGAUAGGAAGUGACGGGUGGGGAGGAAGAGGAUUGGCCUUUAGGGGAAAGGAGGACCAGGUAGAGGGUGCGAUUACCGUGCAGCCAUUAGCAAGUGAAGUGGAGGGAUUUCGGGAGUAUUUCCGGAACUUAAGACCUCAGACCAACCUGAGAAACCCAUGGUUUAUCGAGUACUGGGAGGAAUACUUUAAAUGUAAAUAUCCCGGAAGUGCAUGGACGCCAUUUAAUGAGAAUUAUACAAAAGUGUGCACUGGCAACGAGGAGGUGACAGAAGAAAACGGAUUUGAGCUUGAAGGUCAACUUCAGUUUGUCAGUGACGCUGUCAUGGCGUUCGCCUACGCGGUAAAGGCUGUGCGGGAGCAGGUCUGUGGAGAGUACGAGGGGCUUUGUCCAGCCAUGGAGAACAUUGAUGGCGACCUCCUGAAGAAGCACCUGCUCAAUGUAUCAUUCACCGGUUUAUCCGGACAACACUUCCAGUUUCUGUCCAAUGGCGACGGCCCGUCUCGAUAUCGGAUCCUCAACUUCCGGCGGAACGACGCAGGUCACUUUGAAUGGGCGACCGUCGGCUACUUCCGGGGUGGCAAUCUGACAGUCGAGUCCCCCCUCCAGUUUCGGGUAGAAGAACCCAGCCACCCGGAGUCAGUCUGUAACAAGCCGUGCGCCUUCUACGAGGCAAGACUCCCAUUCGAAGGAGACCCGUGCUGCUGGAUGUGCAGCCCCUGUAACAAGUACCAGUACCUUCCAACCAAAGACGCAUGUGAAGAAUGUCCAUGGGGCACGCUACCGUCCUGGUUGAAGGACGAAUGUAUUGAGAUCCCUCCCCGCUAUCUGCAGUACCAUGACGGAAUCGCCAUCGCCGCCAUGACAUUUGCCUCUCUUGGAGUGAUAGGGACAUCCAUGGUUGUUCUGGUCUUCUUCAUCUACAGUGACACUCCUGUGGUCAAGGCGUCCGGACGCGAGCUAAGCUUCGUCCUCCUUGGUGGAAUCCUCUUCUGCUAUGCAAUCACCUUCGUGUUGGUGUCAAAGCCCAUGACGUAUACAUGUGGAACUCAGAAGAUAGGAAUGGGGCUUUGUUUUUCCGUAUGCUACUCUGCCAUUUUGACAAAGACAAACCGAAUAUCUAGGAUAUUUCGAGCAGGGAAAAGGACUGUGAAAAGACCCAAAUUCAUCAGCCCUGAAUCCCAGCUGGUCAUAUGUGGUAGUUUAGUGUGUGUCCAGAUACUCAUCGGACUCGUAUGGCUUCUGAUAAGCCCACCUAAAUCUAUACCCUAUUACUCAAACAGGGACGACCAUCAGCUAGUGUGUGAAGGAGCUGUCGGCUAUUCCUAUAUGAUAGGCUUUUCAUAUCCUAUUCUUCUAGUGACUGUAUGUACAUUUUACGCGUUGUUCACUCGCAAAAUACCAGAAGCCUUCAACGAAUCCAAAUACAUAGGGUUCACCAUGUACACCACUUGCAUCAUAUGGCUUGCAUUUGUAGUCAUCUACUUCACGACGGCGAGUAAUAUUCAGAUGCGACUUGCCACCAUGUGCUUCUCAAUCAGCCUAAGCGCAACAGUGGCGCUUAUAUGUAUGUUCACCCCAAAACUGUACAUAAUCCUACUUCACCCCGAGAGGAAUGUUCGUCAGUCCAUGAUGGCAAAGGCCGCCUUCACCAAGCCUAACAAUGCUUCCGCCUUGAGAGUUGAUUCUGGUACGCAAUCUGACGUUGGCUUUUCAGAGGUUGAGAUGACUCAACGGCUGAAGUCUUCCGGAUCAUUCAGCAGCGCCUUCAGCAGGUCCACAAGUGCAACUCAAACUUACAGCAACGGCAACAGCAUCAGCACACAGACGUUGGACAGCAUGGAACAGGUUUUUGACGACGAGGAUGUUCAACUCUGAAAUGAAGUAGAUGCAGCGGUAGAAAUUGCGUGAUGAAGGACACCCAACUGUUGCAAGGUGGAUCAACGAAGGAAAGACUGGGUUGCUGAUAUUACGAUUGUCAGGUUUGUAUCGGGUGAAAAUUCCACCUGGUCAACCAGCACACAUGUACCCGCCCAACUUGGCCUGUGUCGUUAAUUGCUCAGAUUAAUGAGUAAUCUAAACACUGCUCUGCCCAACUGUUGAAACAACGUCAGUGGGAUUUAUGCUGCGAAUAAGUGAAGUUCGUGGAGAAACAGUUCCAUUGAGUUUUUCAUUGUGUGAGGUCUACAGAAAUAAUGCAUGUGACGUACCGAUGGAUAAUGUUCAAGGGCAGAAUUGGACAGGCUUCUAUGGGUUGUUAUUGUCGUGUGUAAUGUUGUAAUAAUGUCAUACUUGAUUCUGGAGAAACGGAGAGGAAUGAAGGACAGGCAGUUGUGAAUGUCGCGAUGAAGGUCACAUGUGAAAUCCUAUGCCGUACAUUUACAUACAACGAACGCAUGUUGCAGGUAUAGUGCAACGUUCACAAUGACUGUGGUCAAUGAGUUGACCCAAGAGUACACGAGAAGAAAGUGCAGCUUGAAACGCUGCCCUCGCAGUAUGACUUCAAGCAGUGAGUUGGACCCAUUAGGAGUUGAAAAAAAUGCUGAUUUGAAAUAUUGCCGUCUUCCAACGGAGACUUUGCCAGGCAAGGAGUUUGUGAAGAAUAAAGUGCAGAUUUGAAAUGAUGACGUCACUCUGGAACUUCAAACGAGUUAGGUUGGGCAUUGUGUGGUUGAGGAGAAAGUGCAGAUCUGAAAUAAAACCGUCUCAUUGUGACUUCAAACAGUGUGUUGAGCACCGGUAUGGGAGACAACUGUGAAAGCCAUAGGGACAGCAUCUGCAGAAGUGCUGAUUGUGUUGAAAACUCGUUCAUGGUAAUUUUGACGGGUUGGGCAGAAUUUCUGCUGAGUCCGUUGCCAGAUUUAUAUGUUCUUUUUCUCUCUAAUUCAUUCUAACCGAUUACUGCUAAACGUGUAGCGUUUGACUAUGUCUUGUAUGCCGUACUUUUAAGGCAUCAAUGUGUUUAUUAACAUGAUUCAGAAAAAAAACCGGAUCAAUGUACAUGUUUAACUCGCCCUUGAUUUUCUUUCUUAACUUUAAAAGUUUAUAUGUAAAUAAUAUAUAUUUAUCUUUACCCAUCAAGAACAAGUCAGAGAAGCGUUCAACAUCUUUGGUAGAAAUGACGCUUCCUCAUGUUCGGUCGUCAUGGUAAUAAUAAUAUUAUUUGGUAACUGUCAUGUUUCCGGUAACAGAAAUGACAAACUGAAUGAUGUACUAGAAUAUUUCAAUAAUGAUGAAUUUUCUUUCUUUUUCUGUAACAAGGACUCAUCUUCCAUGAGUAACUUGCAUCUUUUUAAUUAAAUGAGUAGAUACAUGUAGUUGAAUAGACGAAACUAGAUGGAAUUUGAGGUCAGAUGUUGCCAACAUGUGAUCUCAUGGUUGUGGUCACAUGGGCGUGGUCACUGACAUAUCUAAACUGUAAAUAUGUAAAUACAUAAAUAUAACCCAUAUGGAUAUUGUUCAUUCAAAUCUGUCUCAAAUGUGGCUUUAUGUGAGCAUGUGGUCGAAAGAAUACAUUAAUCUUAAUGACAUCAUGCGAACCAGUACAUUUUUACUGACAUAUAUUAAUGCACGAAUGUACCAGCGAGCGUAAAUAACUGAUUUUACGUGCAUGAUGCGAGUAAAUGUUAUAAUCACUUCUCAAUGCCAUCAUCAAUACAGAAGUGUUAUCAGUCAUGUGUUAUCAUUACAAUGCUCUCGUUCUUAAGGUAAGUGUUCAACGCUGAUACUGAUGUUAUCAACGUUAUCAACUCUGAACCGUUGUCAUAGACGUUAUCGUUAUCACAAUGAUAUCCCCCGAUGUUAGUGUUAUCAUCGUUAACCAUGACGUCAUCACUCACGCGUCUCAGUGACCCCAUCUAACAUCAGUGUAUUUUAAAAUAUGUUUUUAGCUGUAAACACGAGAACGUAAAAUUGACCAUUUUGUGCUCCGUUCAAACGUUCAGUGUUGCUAAAUUCGUCUUUUUAUACAUUAUCACGUGGUAGUGGUGACGUCAUCAUACGAUGGGAACAUUUCGGUAUUAUGUGCUUGUAUAACAUGUACUGUGUUUUAGUGACAAUUAUAUUUCAUUCUUGUUUUUGCUACCUAAAACCUGUGUAUAUAACAAUGCCAAUUUCAAUCUCGGAAUGAUUAUGCCAUGUAAAAAUGCCUAAUAAAGUUUCUAAAGGCGA